CAUGUGUGUGCUGUUUCCGGUAGCCUCUCGGUCGUCUCAUCAUCUGACAGCUGCUUCAGACAGACAGGAGUUGUGUCGGCCAGUAGAGAGAGAGGACUGUUUGAUGGACCAGGUUUACCUCCGGAGGAUAUUUUACCGACACGGUUAGAGAGAGUACCGGACACCGAACCAGAAGCCACAUCGCCCGGCCAUGGACGAGCAGGCGGGCCCCGGUGUCUUCUUCAAUAACAACAACAACAACUCCGGUUUGUUGCCCGGUGCUGGUGGGAAUAUUAAAGCUCCGCAGGCUGGCGGUGGAGACGGUGUUGUGGGCGGAGAAGCGGCCAGAGCUCACUACAACAUCCCGGGGAUUUUACACUUUCUCCAGCAUGAGUGGGCCCGCUUCGAGGUGGAGAGGGCUCACUGGGAGGUCGAGCGAUCCGAGCUGCAGGCUCAGAUCGCCUUCCUGCAGGGGGAGCGGCGAGGUCAGGAGAACCUGAAGAAAGACCUGGUGAGACGGAUCAAGAUGCUGGAGUACGCCCUCAAACAGGAGAGGGCGAAAUACCACAAGCUGAAAUAUGGAACCGAACUGAUCCAGGGGGAGAUCAUACCUCCAAAUUAUGAUUCAGAUGAGGGGAAUGACAGUGAGGCUCCCAGUCCUCCAAACAGCAGCCAUCAGCUCAGCUGGAAACAAGGACGCCAGCUGCUCAGACAAUACCUGCAGGAGGUCGGAUACACCGACACCAUCCUGGAUGUGAAGUCUCAGAGAGUGAGAGCGCUGCUCGGUUUGACCGGAGACUCAGGAGAGAAACCUUUAGAGAAGAACGCCGAACCGAUGGUCAACGGCACCGAACCGUCCUCCCUGAAGGACAGCGGCAUGGUCAGUAAACCCGACAUGUCCGACUCGGCCACCGUGUUGGAGGCCUUUAAGUUCAUAGAGAGCGCUGCAGCAGAGUUCAGCGACGAGGACGAAGAGGAAGACAGCGAAGGAAGGGACAAGACCAUCUUGGACAUUGCUACAAUGGUGAGGAAGAAAAAGUCGUCUACCCCUUCCUCCACAACCUCUGACCUCAGCGACGACCCCGACACAGAGGAGGCUCUGAAGGGUUUCGAUUUCCUGGCGAGUCCGGACGAGCUGGAUGGAUCACCGGAGUCCAGGAGUGGAGAGGACAGCGGCGAGUGGGAGAAGGAAGAUCAGUCUCCUCUGGGUGAACUGGCCUGGGACGUGGACCAGGGACUGAUAGCCCAGCUCAAGGAGCAGUACAGGAAGGAACGCAAGGGCAAGAAGGGGGUAAAGAGACCAAACCGGUCUCGGCUCCAGGACAUGCUGGCUAACCUGCGGGAAGCUGAGGAUCUAUCCCCCAUGCAGCCGCCCGUGACGCCUCCCUCCCGUCCCAGUGUACCCAGACUCAAUGAGCAGGAAGUGGGACGCCCCGAAGACGAAGCGAUGACUUUCCUGCCAUCGUCUGGGAAGUCGUUCAUACUGGGCAGAGUGGACGAGGCGGUUUCUAACGAGCUGGGGCUGGGAGAACUGGCCGGACUGACGGUCGCUAACGAGGCUGACAGCCUGGCGUACGACAUCACCAACAACAAAGACGCUCUGAGGAAGACCUGGAACCCAAAGUUCACCCUGCGGAGCCACUUUGACUCGGUCCGGAGUCUGGCCUUCCACCCUGUGGAGCCCGUCCUGGUCACCGCCUCCGAGGAUCACACCCUCAAACUGUGGAACCUCCAGAAGACGGCGCCCGCCAAGAAAUGUGCUGCUUUAGACGUGGAGCCCAUCUACACUUUCAGAGCUCACAGCGGUGCUGUGCUGUGUGUCACCAUGAGCUCCAGUGGAGAGCAGUGCUUCAGUGGGGGUGUGGACGGUACCAUCCAGAGCUGGAACACCCCUAACCCCAACAUCGACCCCUACGACUCAUAUGAGCCCUCUGUCCUGCGGGGGGCGCUGUGUGGCCACACAGACUCGGUGUGGGGUCUGGUCUACAGCUCGGCCCAUCAGCGCCUCCUCUCCUGCUCGGCUGAUGGGACGGUCCGGCUGUGGAACGCCGCCGACACCUCGCCGUCUCUCGCUGUUUUCAACGAGAGAGGAGAGCUCGGAGUGCCGACCUCGGUGGACCUGGUGAGCAGUGACCCGGCUCACAUGGUGACGUCUUUCACCACCGGCCACAUCGGACUCUUCAACAUGGAGACGCAGCAGCUCGUCCUGAAGCUGGAAUCUGCCGGACCGCCAGAAGCUCCCUGCAAGAUCAACAAAGUGCUGAGUCACCCCACUCUGCCAAUCACCAUCACAGCUCAGGAGGACCGGCACAUCCAGUUCUUCGAUAAUAACACAGGUAAACUGAUCCACUCGAUGGUCGCUCACCUGGACUCUGUCACGUGUCUCGCCGUGGAUCCGAACGGGCUGUACCUCAUGUCUGGAAGUCACGACUGCUCGAUCCGUCUGUGGAACAUGGAGAGCAAGACGUGCAUCCAGGAGUUCACCGCUCACCGCAAGAAGUCCGAGGAGUCGAUCCACGACGUGGCAUUCCACCCCACCAAGUGCUACAUCGGCAGCGCCGGGGCCGACGCGCUCGCUAAGGUCUUCGUAUGACCUGAAUCCAGCUGGCUGUGGAGCUCAGAGGACGGGCGGAGCGUCACAGAGAGGAGGAAGUUGGAGUUUGUCUCCACCUCCUCUGAGUCUGGAUGAGGAAGCAGGAAACUGAAGGUGACAGUGUUCCCAGACUGCUCCUUUAAGAUUUGUCAAAUAUUCGCCCCCCACUCCCCUUCGGACUUAGGCUGGCCCGGGUCCCGAAACAAACAAACCUCUGGAUGAGUCGAUGAAUGAAACAGGAAGUGGCAAAAAAAAUAUAAAAACAGGAACUCUCGGUACAUUUUAGUAAAGCUGGAACCUUUUUUCUUUAACAUAAAAACUCUCCACCAUCUCUGACCCCAAACACUCCAGUUAAAGCAGCCUGUGUCUGUUGGUGUUGCUUUGAAAUAUCGUUCAUGAUAAUGUGCCUUUUUUCUUCACAACAUAAAUUAUUUUAGGUGUUGAGGGAAAUUGAUUUUAUUCAUCAGAAGAUUGAAUUUUUCCUCUUUCAAAAUAAGAAAACCAAAUUUUUAACAAGAAUCAGUCAGAUCCAAAUGUGUCAUGAGGUUAUCCAACCUGAGCGCUCUAAUUUCACCUCACGAUGACGUCCCGCUCACAGCACAGCACUCGGGGGAUUUUUGCUUUUUUUAAUUAAUUUGGUGUGAUUUUUAUUUCCUGUUUAAGUUGUUGCCUGCAGCCUGAGGAAGACUUUUAAUCAGUCUGAUUUUGGAGACCAGUUGGUCAUGAGAAUGCACGCGUUUCAUCCUGUAAAUGCCCAUGCUAGGAGGUCAAAGGUCAAUGGUCAUGAUGACCCUGAGCUGGUCUGGAGUCGGUGACAUUUGCGCUGGGUGGACAGAGACUCUGUCAGCCGGUCAGAUCACAAACGUUUGAAUAGGUUUCAUUUCAAAAUGAGAAAGGCUUCAACACAUCACAGAGAUCAUUAGACUAGAGAGGAUGUAUCACUCUGUUCAUAUUAUUGGAGGAACAAUAACACUCUGAUUGUACAGAGGUGGUGCAGAGUGGAGGCGCUGAUUCAGAGAAUUAACUGGAAUAUAAUUUCCGUUUUAGUCUUUUAUUUCUGCACAGUGAGCCGUGGUGUGCAGCC